GCUGAAUUGAUGAUGAUGGUUGGGGCUGUUGCUUCCACCAAAAAGAAACCAAUUGCACCGUUUCAACUACAGCGAGAACCCUUAAUUUUUGACCUCAUAACCUUCUCUCAGGUAUAAUUGCAUUCAAUUGGGUUAAUGGAAGUGCAGUUAGUUGAAAGGGGUUUUGAUUAUGUUCGUAAAAGGAAGAAGUGGGUCUUCAUUUUGUGCGCGGCUGGGUUGGGUGGUUACGGUGUUUACAGGGUUUAUCAUGCGCCUUCCAUAGCUCGAAAGAGAAAGAGGGUUUCUAAGCUUCUGGGCGCAAUGGUUUCUGUAGCAGAGGCCGUAUCCGAAUCCGCGGACACCAUUGGAAUCGUUUCCAGAGACAUGAAGGAAUUUUUGCAGUCCGAUUCCGAUCAAGUCCCCAAUAGCUUGAAGCAAAUCUCCAAAAUAGUUUGCUCUGAACAAUUGGCAGAGUCUUUGGUUAGCGUCACGCGUGCUGUGACUGUGGGAGUGUUGCGUGGUUAUCAGUCUAUGGACCGAACCGAUGGUGAUCAAUCCGGUGCCGGUUCAACCCUCGUGGACCGGGUGCUGGACAAAAUGUUAACACCAGCUGGGUCAGGUUUUGCUUCUGUAGUUCUUGGAAGCUUUGCUAGGAAUUUGGUUCUUGCCUCCUAUUCUGAUUCACACACCCAUUUUGGUGGAGAAUCGAAUUCGAGCAAUGCCACUGGUGAUGGUAGACGUGAUGGUUCCAAUUCGGAUCAGGUUGGGAGAUGGGUGGAUGUGGUUUGUGGUGAUAGGUGUGGGGAACUAAUUGGGAAUUGUGUGCAAUUGUUUGUGAGCACUGCGGUUGCUGUUUAUCUUGACAAGACCAUGCAUAUCAACACCUAUGAUGAUUUCUUUGCUGGCUUAACUAACCCGAAACAUGAGACUAGAGUGAGAGAUAUGUUGGUUUCUGCUUGUAAUGGUGCUGUGGAGACUCUUGUCAAGACAUCUCACCAUGUGUUAACAAGUUCGAAUACCACUGUUGGUUCGAGUCCAGCUUCUUAUUUGGCUAUUGAGGAAGCUCCGAGAAAUGAGGACUUGGGUGUUGGGACAUCAUCAAUUGAAUCGAAAGUGGAUGUUUGUGAUGAAGAAAAUGAGAGUGGCUGGGUCAGCAAGGUAUCAUCCACACUGGCAAUUCCCAGCAAUAGGAGGCUUGUUCUUGAUGUGACUGGCAGGGUGACAUUUGAGACUGUUAGAUCGUUCAUGGAGUUCCUUUUGCAGACAUUUUGUGCUUCUGUCACAAGAUGUGCUCAUAUUGUUCAUGAGGCAGUGAUUGAGAUUUUGAGAUAUGUAGCAGCGAAAUCCUCUGUUAUUGUGACAAUAUGUCUCUCGUUGUGCCUGCACAUUAUGGGUGGAGGUUGGGCUUUGGUGCCUGCUUAAGUAGUUGUGACUAGUUUCACUCACCAAAUGGAUGUGAUUGGGUUAUUUGAUGUGGAAAAUUUUUCUGGAGCUGCUGCUUCUUGGCCUAGCAGCUGCAUCAUAUUAUCUUUAUAUCAUAUAUCAAUUAAUUUUGUAAAUGAUAUUGAAACCUUACUGUAUUAAAGAAUGUACAGUUACCAUAGACAUAAUCCUUCUGAAGUCAUAUUUUCUCUUUAAUUUUAGCACUCAUGGGGUUACCUCAAUACGAACUACCGCAUAUAAAGCCCGGUAUUCAUUAACCAACAGUACUAUUUGUUUGGGGUGUUAUCAUUCAUGAUUUGGCCCAUUAUUGAAUUGGAAUCGUUCUGUAAAUACAUGAUUCUGUUUAUGUUGUUGAUUUGAUCUUUUCUAUUGACCAGGUGUACAUGUGCAGAUCGUCCUCAUUUUAAUUCUUUUUCUUUUUUACCUUUGGAUAUAACCACUCUGCUUCAUGACAAAACUAAAUGAGAUGGUGAACUGCAGCUUCUGACUGAGAUUUCCUUUUGCCUUGUUGACUCAGUGUGGCUAGAAUUCCCCUUGCUUGGAUAUGUAAAACAGCAAUUGCUGGUGGGUGAAGGCAACGCUGCUGGAAUUGCACUUCACCUGUGUUUUGGUCUUCUAUUAAGCGGCUGAACUUCACCUAUUAAAUUCUCUACACGUCCUUCGU